CUUUUUGGUGUUGUUCGUCUUCAUAUUACCCCCGACUCUAUUCCUCUUCAUCUCAUCACCGAUAUCAUCCAGGGGCUCGUUCUCGACAACUGAUAACGAUCCGGACGACCAAAAUGUCCUCGUCUGCGAUCAACUUUUAAGAGGAAGGGAUCAGACUAGAAGGGAGAUAAUACGGCUCGAGGUUUUGUUGGGUAAAUCUGUCCUAGGCUAACCACUUGCACGACAAUAUGAAACGACUCCAGACCUUAGUCCGACCAUCUUCUGUAUUCUCGAGGCCGUUUUUCAUAGGUAGCCCACUUAUAAGCUCACCGACCCACGACCGGCGGCGGUUGACACUGUCAGCAGUGGCAAAGCAGCUUCGCUCGCCACAAAACGGCAACGACUUGUAUCUCCCUGGGUCAAAGAUUCAUCUGCAGUUCCAGGAACAAGACUCCACGACAUUUCGACCUCUGGUUGCUAAAAUCGUCAAACGGCUGGAGCCUUUCACAUCCUCCGUCGUUCUUCUCAUUCAGCAGGUUUCCAACAACAAACAAUUCAUACUAAAGCUAAAUGACGGCAGACUGGGCCAUCAUCACAGGCUCAAUAUGGAGGAUGGCGAACUCCCGUGGACGCCAGCUCUUGAAGAGCAUCUACCAGCGGCCGUGCGGAACAUACAACUCGGAACGAUCACCAACUGGUUCGAACUAGUCGAUGGUUGGAAGAACCCGGCGUAUCCCCGCACCAGAGACUGGGAGGACUGGAUGUGGGAGACAGAGACUUGGACUUUGAGAAUGGAAGAACAUCAAAUCGAGGUGGACGCAUAUCGUCUGUUGCGCCGACUACAGGGUCGUCUCAUUCCCCGUUUCUACAGUCUUGUCCAUCUCCCUAUUUCCUCCUCCCAGCCUCUUCACCCGAUCACGGAUUACGUUUCCGGCACCGUCAUCGAGUACAUCCAAGGUGUGAGCAUGGGCUCGCUCAAACCUGGCGUUGAUAUCCCUCGACCGGAGGCAGAAGCGCUUGCUGACCGUGUUAUGGACGCCGUCCGCACGAUAAAAGCGGAGAAAUGUGUGAUGCACAACGAUAUACACAUCGACAAUAUUCUUCUGCGGGACUCCGACAGGUCCCCGGUCCUUAUUGACUUUGCAUGGUCCUUGACGAGGAAACCGGGGAUGAAUGAUCAGGAGUGAGAGGAUUCGGUUUCAGGGUCUCAGAACACGCGCUUUCCGCGUUGGGUUCUUAUGAGUAAAGAUCAUGGAAUGUGGAGAAGGAAGGAGACGCCACUGGUAAUGUAUUAUUCUGCGCUAUCAUGGAACGAAUACAUCGAGAACCAGCCCGAAGAUUGCCGCAGACAGACGUUCGAGAGGGUUCCGGGUACGGAUUGGGAAGGUGUAAGAGAAGAAGUACUGCAGUGGCGCGUCAAGCCGGGUAUUCAGUGCAGAGAUGACCAGGCGUAUAAGGUGGGUUCACUUUAAAGUAAUUCACAGAUCAUGCUGGCAGACCUCCAAGCCGUUCAGCGGGAUACAAGGGUUCCAAUCUUGAUAC